CUUUUCAAAUUUCAAUGGCUGAUUCACGCGAGUUGAAAAAUGUUGUUUCACCUUCUCAAGAAUUUUCUUUGCACCUUAGCAAUGAAUCAAAAUCACAUUUAAGUCGCAGUAGAAAAAGCUUGCAAUUUUCCUCCAUGGAAGGACGAGAGUCUGGUAGUUCCUUAACUAGUCUUCAAGGCUUAGAUCCUCAACGAAGAGAACUGUUAGAAGCACGUUUUAUUGAUAAUAAACUCGAUAACAGGGAGAAUUCUAACCAUAGCAAUGCGUCUUCUGGACUAUCUGAAUCAUCAAGAGAUUUUGAGAAUGUUGGAAAUGAAAAGUCAGAAAAAGUUGUUAAGCGUAAAAGAAAAGCUCCAGAUUCAGAAUAUUCAGCUCAUCCAAAGAUUGGUAAGGCAGAAUCUGGGUCAAAUAAAAUUACUGGAUAUUUUCCUAAGACGAACGGAAUGACAACACCGCCAAACAAGAUGUCUUUGACACCAAGUCCUAAACACAAUAUGGCUUGUAAUGAUCCAUCUUUAAGUCCAAUGGAAAGUAGUUCAACACUUCCUCACUUAAUGGGUAAAAAAAAUUCUUUGAUAAGAAGAUCAAGCGAAUCUUCUUUGUCAUCGCAACAACAAAACAAUGAUGUCUUGGAAACUGUUUGUGUCCAUGAGUCAACUCAGAGUGAGUUAACCAUGAUGAAAAUGAAGGAAUAUGAAGCACUUGCCUUUACAACAUCUGAGGAAAAUGAGAAAAGAAUGAAAGAACUGGACAGUGCCAAUUCCACACUCAUGAAGCAGAUCACAGAACUUAAGAAUGUUGAAAAUCAACUGAAAAAAGCCAACGAAAAGUGCAUUGAAUUCAUCAAAAAUCUUCUUAUUGAACAGUCACGUCAGCAAAAGAUGAAAGCGAAACGGGAAAGCAUGAAUAAUCGUUUGCGACUUGGGCAGUAUGUCCCAACAAGACAAGGACCUCAUUUUGUUGAAACUUGGGAAGAUGGAUUUUCUUUUAAGGAAAAACAAAAACAACAAGAUUUCAUUAAUCAACAAAAAGAAGACAUUGAGAAAAACAGGAAGAUAUUAAGUAAACGUAAACCAUCUUCAACAGGGAAAGAGAAGAAAAAAUCUUCUACUGACUCUGACUUUGCUAAACCUCCUUUGCCUUCCAGUUUAACCCAUCUUGAAUAUCACGAGCAAGAUGAAAUUUUAAAACUUCGAGCUGCAUACAUAAAGAAGGUAAUAUCUAGUAAAAUAUAAUUAUU